CGCCCCGCGCAGGGCCACGGGUGCCUGUGCCUCACUGGGUGGCUAGAAAUGGCCCCUUGGCUGCCCACCAAGGAGGAGAAGUAUGGCGUGGCCCUGUGGAACUUCCCGCGCACCAACGAGCAUCACCUGCCGCUGCAGAUCGGGGAGACGGUGCGGAUCCUGCAGGCCUCCGAGGGCUGGUACCGCGGCUACUCGCUCAGGAACAGGGCUGCCCGGGGCAUCUUCCCGGCCUCGCUGAUCCACCUGAAGGGCGUAGUGGUGGAGCGCCGGGGGAUGGAGGAGACCCUGGUCCCCGCCGAGAUGCCCAUGGUGCAGGAGAUCACCACCACGCUGCGCGAGUGGGCCACCAUCUGGAAGCAGCUCUACGUGACAGGGCAGGUGGAGCAGUACCGGCAGGUGAAGCGCAUGAUGUACGAGCUGAUGGAGCGGCGCUCGCAGCUGCUCUCGGGGACGCUGCCCAAGGACGAGCUGCUGCAGCUCAAGAAGGAGGUGACCAGCAAGAUCGACUACGGGAACAAGAUCCUCGCGCUGGACCUGGUGGUGCGGGAUGAGAACGAAAACAUCCUGGAUCCUGACAGGACCAGCGUCAUCAGCCUCUUCCAGGCACACAGGAAGGCCACGCAGACCAUCGCCCAGCGCAUCCAGGAGGAGAUGGUGAGGCCACAGAGCGAGCUGGGCUGCAGCGCCCGCCUGUCGGCUUUGCCCUCGCACAGCCUCUACCUCUGCGUGCGCAACUUCGUGUGCAACAUCGGCGAGGAGGCGCAGCUGCUCAUGGCGCUCUACGACCCCGGGGAGCAGCGGGUGAUCAGCGAGAACUACGUGAUCCGCUGGGCCAGCACGGGGGUCCCCCAGGACAUCGAGCUGCUCAACAACCUCAAGGCCGUGUUCACGGACCUGGGCAGCAAAGACCUGAAACGGGAGAAGCUUUUCCUGGUGUGCCAGAUCAUCCGGGUGGGACGCAUGGACCUCCGGGAGACCUACAGCCGGAAGCUCAGCACGGGCCUCCGGCGGCCCUUCGGCAUCUCGGUGAUGGACAUCACGGACAUCUCCAAGGGGAAGAGCGAGAGCGAUGAGGACAAGCAGCACUUCAUCCCUGUGCACCUGGCAGCGGCCGACAACGACUUUCUGCACGGCAUGAUACGGAAAGCCGUGGAAGGGAAGGACAUCAACCACAAGGGCCAAGGGUUCUGGGUGUCCCUGAAGAUGCUCUGGGGAGACCUGAGCCAGGCACGCAAAGACCAUCCCCACCUUGUGGACCGCAGCACGGUGGUGGCACGCAAGCUGGGCUACCCGGAGGUCAUCAUGCCAGGUGACGUCCGGAACGACAUCUACCUGACGCUGGUGCAGGGCGAGUUUGACAAGGGCAGCAAAAAGACGCAGAAGAACGUGGAGGUGACAGUGUGCGUCUGUGACGAGGCCGGCAGCGUGGUGCCGAACGUGAUCUACCAUGGUGCAGGGGACAAGCCGGUAAGCGAGUAUCGCUCUGUGGUCUACUACCAGCAGCGACACCAGCGAUGGAUGGAGACAGUGAAGAUUGCUGUUCCCAUUGAAGAUGUCCACAAAACCCACAUACGAUUCACCUUCAGGCAUCGCUCCUCCAGUGACUCUAAAGACAAAAGCGAGAGGAUUUUCUCCAUGGCCUUUGUGAAGCUGAUGCGACCUGAUGGUACAACCCUGCGUGAUGGGGAACAUGACCUUUUCUUGUAUAAGGGCGACAGCCGGAAGCUGGAGGACGCCAGCUCGUACCUGCACCUGCCGUCCACGAGGAGCGCGCCGGAGCCGAAGACCCUCCCGGGCGCCUCGUUCCGGGCGAGCGCGGGCACGGCCGGCGUGAGCGUGUCCGCCCGGGACAGCUUCCAGAUCUCCACGCUCGUCUGCUCUACGAAGCUCACCCAGAACGUCAACCUGCUCGGGCUGCUGAAGUGGCGCUCAAAGCCCAACCUCCUGUCUGGAAACCUCCAGAACCUGAUGCAUGUGGAUGGAGGGGAAGUCAUCAAGUUCCUCCAGGACACUUUGGAUGCCUUGUUCUCCAUCAUGAUGGAGAAUGCCGACACGGACGUCUAUGACACGCUUGUCUUUGAUGCCCUGGUUUUCAUCGUGGGCCUUGUCGCCGACAGGAAGUUCCAGCAUUUCAACGCGGUGCUGGAGGCUUACAUCCGGCAGCACUUCAGUGCCACGCUAGCCUACAAGAAGCUGAUCUCGGUGCUGACGCAGUACGUGGAGAGGGUGAGCCAGGGCGAGCCCUGCGAGCCGCUCAUACGCACCUUCAAGGCCCUGGAGUAUGUCUUCAAAUUCAUCGUCCGUUCCAGGCGCCUCUUUGCCCAGCUCUACAAGGGGAAGGAGGCGGCCGAGUUCCAGCAGUCGCUGCAGCGCUUCUUCCUCGCCCUAAACCAGCUGAUGAGAUCCCCGCAGGAGGGGCCCACGCUGCUCUGCCAGGGAGCAGCCCUGAAAUACCUGCCUUCGAUCCUCGAGGACGUGUUUGGGAUCUUCGACUCAUCCGUGCUGGGGGGCUUGCUGCGGGAUUUCGUCGGGAACUUGCCUCCGCAACGCCUGCUGAAGCAGAAACUGCAGUCCCUCACGGACAUAGUCAACAGCAGGAUCUUCCAGUCCUUCGAGUGCCGGGAGAUGCUGCUGCACUCAGCCGUGCCCAUGCUCCAGGAGCUGAUUGAGAAGGGAGAGGAGGAAGACGCCUGCGUCGAGCUGCUCAGCAAUAUCCUGGAGGUGCUGUACAAAGCCCAGAAGAGAGCAGAGGAGCAGAGCAGGCAGUGCAGUGGAGGCGAGGGGCGGCGCAGGGAGCUCGGUGACGCAGAGCUGGUGAAGGUGAAGAAGCACAUUCAGCUGAUUCUGGACCGGCUGCUGCACACGGUCAAUCGGAGAGUGAUUGUCCUGGAGCGGGAGAACAACCUGAGAAGUCACUACGUGGCCUGCAUGACGGCCAUCCUCAGCCAGAUGGACGCCGACCACUACCGGUCCUACAUCGGGGCCUUCCCCUCCCGGCCUGACCUCAUGGACUUCCUCAUGGAAACCUUCAUCCUCUUCAAGGACCUGAUAGGCAAGACGGUGUAUCCCUCGGACUGGAUGGUGAUGAACAUGGUGCAGAACCGGGAGUUCCUGCGUGCCAUCAACCACUUCGCAGCCACCCUGACGGAGAUGUUCCUGUAUCACAGCAGCUUCGAGCUGCAGCUUUGGAACAACUAUUUCCACCUGGCUGUGGCUUUCCUCACCCAGGACUCCCUGCAGCUGGAGAACUUCUCCCAGGCCAAGCGCACCAGCAUCCUGGCCAAGUACGGGGACAUGCGAGCCACGAUCGGAGCUGCCAUCCGGGACAUGUGGUACAACCUUGGCCACCGCAAGAUUGAGUUCAUCCCGGCCAUGGUGGGCCCCAUACUGGAGAUGACGCUUGUGCCGGAGCUGGAGCUGCGGAAGUCCACCAUCCCCAUCUUCUUCGACAUGAUGCUCUGCGAGUACCAGCUGACAGAGGGCUUCAGCCGGUUUGAGGAUGAGAUCCUGCACAAGCUGGACAGCGAGGUGGAGGGUGGUCGGGGAGAUGAACAGUACAAGCAGCUUUUCGAAAGCAUCCUGCUCAACUGCUGCCGGGGGCACCCCGAGCUGGCCAGGCCUGGGGAGAACUUUGUUGCUUUGGUGACGGGGCUCUUGGAGCGGCUCCUCGACUACCGGGCCGUUAUGAAUGACGAGAACAAAACCUACAGCAUGAGCUGCACCGUCAACCUCCUGAACUUCUACAAGGAGAUCGACCGCCAGGCCAUGUACAUCAGGUACCUCUACAAGCUCAAGGACCUGCACAUCAGCUACGAGAACUACACGGAGGGAGCCUACACACUGCUGCUGCACGCGCGGCUCCUCAAGUGGUCGGAUGAGCCAAACACGGCCCCCAUGCAGGGCUCACACAGCCCCAACUUGCACACCCAGCGCCAGCUGAAGGAGGCUCUCUACAACCAGAUCAUCAACUACUUUGACCAGGGCAAGAUGUGGGAGGAGGCCAUACACAUCUGCAAGGAGCUGGCAGAGCAGUAUGAGAGCGAAAUCUUCGACUAUGAAAUGCUGAGCGGCAUCCUGCAGCGGGAAGCCAAGUUCUAUGAGAAGAUCCUCAAGGUGCUACGGCCCAGCCCGGACUACUUCGCCGUGGGCUACUACGGGCAAGGCUUCCCCACCUUCCUCCGGAACAAGGUCUUCAUCUACCGGGGCAAGGAGUACGAGCGCCGGGAGGACUUUGAGAUGCGGCUGCUGAGCCCCUUCCCCAACGCGGAGAAGCUGAAGAGCACGUCGCCCCCCGGGCCGGACAUCACCGCCUCCCCAGGGCAGUACAUCCAGUGCUUCACCGUGCAGCCGGUGGAGGAAGCCAAGGUCCAGUUCAAGGACAGGAUCAUCCCAGAGCAGAUCAUCAACUUCUACAAAGCCAACCACAUCCAGAGCUUCAGCUACUCGCGGCCCUUCAAGAAAGGCCCCAAGGAUCCCGACAACGAGUUCGCAACCAUGUGGGUCGAGCGGACGACGUUCACCACGGCUUACCCGCUGCCUGGCAUCCUGCGCUGGUUCGCGGUCACCUCCACGGCCACGGCCAUCAUCAGCCCCCUGGAAAACGCCAUCGAGACCAUGAUGAAGACGAACGAGAAAAUCCUGAGCGAGAUCAACCGGCACCAGAACGACGCCAGCCUGCCCGUCAACCCGCUCUCCAUGCUGCUCAACGGCAUCGUGGACCCUGCCGUCAUGGGCGGCUUCGCCAAGUACGAGACGGCCUUUUUCCAGGAGUCCUACCUGCAGGAGCAUCCCGAGGACCAGGGGAACAUCGAGAAGCUGAAGGACCUGAUUGCCUGGCAGAUCCCGCUGCUGGCAGAAGGCAUCCGGAUCCACAGGCGGAAGGUGACGGAGGACCUGCGGCCCUUCCACGACCGCAUGGAGCAGUGCUUCCUGCAGCUGCGCGCCAAGGUGGAGAGCCAGUACGGAGCGCGGGAGAUGGUCUCCCUCGAGGACCGGCGAGGCGGACGACCCCGGUCCGUGGCCUGGGGACCAGACUGGGACCAGCCGAGCCACGGUGGAGACAGCACAGAGGCAGCCCCGACCCCCCGGCCCGUCCCACGCGUCCCUGAGGGUGAGGAGCGCCGGAGCGAGCGCAGGGAGAACCGCUCCAGCACCUUCUUUGGGCACCGGCGGCAGGAUCAGCGCCAGUCUGUCUCGGAGCCUCCAGAGCCCAAGGACGAGAAGCGGAGACUCUCCCGCAACACAAGCGAGAGCAACCUGAGCGGCUUCGACGGGAAGCAGUCCGCAGCGAGCAGGGAGGCCGCCGGCCUGCAGCCCAGUGCCUCAGGGCUGUCCCUGUCUCCCACCGGUUUCGGUGGCCGCAUGAAGAGUGCCAGUAAGGCCCCGCCGCUGCCACGGAAGAUCAGCCCCAUGGUGUACGAGACGUUUCUGGAGCAGAGUGACAUGGCAAGUGGAGGGAAGGCACCAGCAACGCCAACGCUGGAUGGAAACAAGGGGCUGAAGUCACCCCCUCCUCCACCACCGAAGUCCAAACGAGUGUCACAGCUCUGACACGGUGCCCACCCUCAGCUGCACCAUCUGCUCAGCACCAGCCUCGCCCAUGAGGAUGGGAAAGCCUAUGGCCCCCCUGCUCCCAGCUGCCCCCUAGAUGGGCUCCCUACUCUCAUCCUUUCUCGCUGGAUAAUCCCUCCACUAUCAUCCGUAUCAGGAACGUCCCUUGUGGCUGAGGCCACCAGACUCCCUGUGCACUCAGGGCUGCCAGGCAGAUGCAGGGCACCACUAGCUCAUGUCCAGCCAAAUCUGGCAACUGCCACCCUCCAGGGACGCGACAGCCCUGCAGCUGGCAGUACGGGGACCCAUCUGCCCAGGGACACCUCGUCUGCCCACGCGCUCUGCAUCAGCCCCCUGCCAGGCUUCCCUUCCCACUAACCUGAGCCAGCUACACCCCACCCGUGCCAGUGCCCCUUUCCCACAAACUGCACCAAGUUCUCAGCACCUCUGGUGGUGCAACUCCACCACAGCGAAGAGGAGUUCUUUCCUGCUGCCUGCAGACCAUCCCAGAAGCAGGAUGAUGAGAAACAGGAGCUCCCUGCCACAACGUGCUGGACUCUCCCACCCCUCCUGCUGCUCUGCACCCCAAGGGAGCCUCCCUUCCCUUGGACACCCACCCCAUCCUGCAGCAAGAGCAAACAUGCUGGCCAGGACACCAGGCUGCACAGGAGCCAAGCAGGUUGGCGAGCGUGGCCAGGCAGCACUGAAUUUUGCAUGGCGCCAUUCUCUUGCCGAUACUUGCCUCUGCAGCCCCACCUCCGCCAGGCCGACACCGCUGCUCCGCCAGCCAUACCAGCUCCAGUGACGCUGCUGUGAAGCACCGUGCCCCAGUCUCCCUGCCGCAGCAGGCUGCAGCCAUGUGCCUACCAAUAAAGGACUAAC